AUGCCCAAUGUUACACUGACCAUCGAAGAUGUCUCUCCGCUGAUUGUAUACUCCGAAAGAUGGGUCGCAGGUUCGUCAGCCAAUGACCCAUUACUCGAGAGAUAUUCACAGGCCAACUACAUGACUGUGGAUGCCAGUGGGGAGUUGGCCACCUUUGUCUUCACCGGGAACCGAGUGGAAUUGUUUGGAGCGAAACGCCCUAACUAUGGUCAAUACCAAGUCACUGUAAACGAUGAAGUGUACCAGGGCAGGGAAGCCAAUAGUGAUACGGAUGAGUUCCAAAUGUUGCUAUGGGUUGGUGAUUGGGAGAAGGCCAAGCCUCGCACUGUGAAAUAUGCAACUUUGGGUGGUGGUCGUCCGAUCGACCUCGACUUCAUAAGGUUUUCAUUUCCCGUUGGGCGUCCGGACGAAGAAGUGGUCGUCCACACCUUCCAAGACACUGAUCCUUCAUUCGUGUACGAGCCUGAUGACCACUGGGAACGGAAUGCAACGAAUGUUGCUAGUUUUUCCGGCGGUACUGGUCGGGCUGCAAAUUGUGCGGGGGAUUCAUUUGCUUUUACAUUCGAGGGCGACGCUGUGUCCUUGUAUGGCCCUGUUGGACCAACGGGAGCCCGGUUCAGGGUUGUGAUCGAAAGUCAAGGGCUGCCAGAUGAACUGACCACCAACAAGCCAUUCUGGCGCACGAAUACGCUGCUUUAUCAUAAAGCUGACCUUGGACCUGGUCGCCACACGAUCAAUGUGACAGUGCUGCCGGAGUCAAAUGAGGAAGGUGUUCAGCGCAGCUUUGCGAUUGACUAUGCCGAGGUUUACACGUCUGGACAGUCCGUUUCAUCAACGCCAGGUUCUGCUGGACUUUCAGCUGGAGCGGCCGCAGGAAUAGCUCUGGCCGGCGUCCUUCUUGCCCUGGGUCUCAUCCUCGGUAUCCUCAUAUGGUCCUUAGUUAUCUAUGCCCGGAGAAAAGGGCGUGUUCUGCAUUUUGGUUUUAUUGAUCCAGAGAAACCGGCCGAAGCGCAGAACACAAUACAACCAUUCCAAUACACGACAGUCGAUAGUGCAUCGCCUCCGCCUACAACCUCAGGGGAUCCGCUCUUGCGGACACAUACAUCCAAUAACUCCAUCGCGGCUACUCCGAUGACAUCCCAGUGGCCGCCCAGCACACAACCAUUGGACCAAGCUGUUGUCGUGAAUGAUCCUGCUAUCCGGCCCAUACAGUCUGUCGCGUCUUUAGGACAGGAGGUUGUCAUCCCUCCUCACGGCUAUCAGAAGUCUCGUGCACCACAACUACAACCUCCGCCACAAGGGGUUCGUUCGCGUCUGGCACCCGCUGCACAAGGCGCCGCUCUUCAGGGAGUCUCUCCUGUGACGGAAGAACGGACUUUGCAGACGGGUGGAGCGAAUUCCUCGUUCUCGUUUUACACACAGGAGAGUCCUCCGAUGUAUUCCAUGAACGAUCCCAGUACCCCGCAUGGACCCCAAUCGUCGCUGCCUCGAAAGUUCUAG